AUGUCGCAGCAUGAAAAGGCAGAUACAUCUGUCUCCGAGAAUGCGAAGGCCCCAGCAAAUACAACCGCCUCGGGCGAUGAGGAAACGGGCCUGAAGCAUAUCGACACUGUUCAUGACGAUGAGGCGGUCAAGGUCCUCACCACUUAUCAUGGCGACCAAAGCUGGACACCACAGGAAGAACAGAAGCUUCGUCGGAAGAUUGACUGGAAGCUCCUUCCCGUCCUUUGCGGAACCUAUAGCCUUUUGUACUAUGAUAAAGCAAUGCUGGGUCAGGCGGCACUCUUCGGGCUGAGAACAGACCUCAAACUCACCACCGGGGAUCGAUAUUCGUUCUCUUCAGCUAUAUUCUACCUAGGAUUCAUAGCUGGUGCAUAUCCAGCAGUCUAUCUUGCACAGCGGUACCCUAUUGAACGUGUAGCUUCGGCAAUUACGGCCGUCUGGGGGGUAACCCUCAUCUGCACGCCGGCUUGCACAACCUAUCAGGCCCUUUAUGCUCAACGAUUCUUCCUUGGUUUCACCGAAGCUGGGAUAUCACCUAUGUUUAUGCUCAUUGUUGGAGGCUUCUACCGGAAAAAUGAACAGGCACUUCGAAUGGGUGUCUGGUACAGCUGUACAGGAUACGUCUCCAUCUUUUCGCCGCUUGUGAAUUAUGGACUCGGCCAUAUCCGGGGUGCACUUUCUCCUUGGAAAUACAUGUACCUGUUUGCUGGCUCAAUCACCAUCCUGUGGGGCAUUGCGAUUCUCUUUAUUCUUCCGCCCGACCCGAUCCGAGCGAAAGGCUUCACUGAGCGCGAACGCUUUAUUGCUGUAUCGAGGAUGCGGGAAAAUAACUCAGGAGUGAGAAACACUCAUUUCAAGGGAAACCAAGCCACAGAGUUACUUCUCGAUUACAAAUUCUGGUUCAUGUUCUCUAUCGCGUUCCUGUGCAUGGUCGCGAAUGGUCCUAUCUCGACUUUCAUUCCCAUCAUUAUCAAUGGAUUCGGAUUCAGUCUUCUCAACUCGCUCCUGCUCUUGAUGCCGGCCGGCUUUUAUGCUGGGACUUUACAACUAAUCGCACCAUACUUGGCCUACCGGUACAAGAAUAUCCGUACUUAUCUUGUCUUCGGUUGCCAGAUGGGUACUGUUUUGGCUUCACUUUUACUCUGGCUUCUCCCGAGGGGACAGACAGGUGCCCUGUUAUUCGCCUGCUACAUCCUCCCGUCCGUCGGCGGUGGCUAUGCAGUGUUAAUGGGUCUUUCCCUUGCCAACACUGCUGGAUACACCAAGCGUUCCCUAGCGUCAUCUGGCUUGUACAUCGGAUACUGCCUUGGCAAUUUCGUGGGCCCGUUGGUGUUCAAGCCACAAGAUGCGCCAAGAUACGAAAAAGGCUUUAUCGUGGUUGUUGCCACCGCGAUUGCUGCCGCGGUCCUGGCUGUGAUUUACCGCUUCGUUUGCAUCUGGGAGAACAGUCGCCGAGACAAGACAGGAACCCUCGAGGGCUUUGAGCACGCUUAUGAAGAUGACCUGACCGAUAAGACCAAUCCUCAAUUCCGUUACAUCAUAUAG